AUGUCCCCGCCUCUCGGGAAGAACGUCAAAAGCAUAACGGUCGCACACACGGAGCGAAAGGAAGACAAGAAACCGCGCGAAGCCAUCGCCCAACAAUUGCCACAGCACAGUGCCCGCCCGACAGAGAGCCCAACUGCAAGAGCAAAUAGAUUAUUCCAGGCCGCAAAGGCCCAGCUGGAGUCGUCGGGGAACUUGAAGUCGACCAUCAAGGAGGGCGUUCUGGACAGUCUGUCAGGACUGUACGGGACAGUCCUCCAGGUGGACGAGCGCCUUCGUUCCCUGGAGCUCCAGCUGGAGCAGUUGCGGUCCGAAAAAGAAAAAGAGCUCAGAAAAUCAGUGGAAGAAAAGGAUAGAGUAAUAGAGGAGCUGGCUCGGGGCAUGCAUAAGGACAUUGGGGUAAAAAUCGGGGAGCUCGUCACCAACACUGAAACAAUCAAGAAAAUGAUAAAUCACGACAUUAUGAACCGGUUUGACGAGUAUCCCCCGGGUAGGGCGCUGUGCGGGAACAUUAAAAAACUAGAGGGCCUAAUGGAAGAAAUGAAGGAAGUAAGGAAGACGAGUGAACGGACUAGUAAAAAAGUGGAGGAAAGUGCAAAAGUGACGGAAAACAUGGGAAGGAUGACAGAAGAUGUAUGCAAGGUGAUAAAAGAGACAGGUAUGAAAGUCGAGGCGGUCGGGGUGCAGGUUGGGGAGGUCGGGGAGGGGGUGAGGAAAAAUGGAGAAACCGUAAGGGAGACCGGGAAAGCCAUGGAGGCCCUCAAGGCCCCGGUGGCUACGUACGCCGAGACAUUGAGGGCCCCAAAACCCAAGACCCAGCCCCUCCCUUGCCGCCCGGGCCACGCCCUGAUCGUAUCCUCAUGUACGGAGACGGAUACGAGUGAGAACGUGAUAGGUAAAGUCAGGGAGGCCCUCGACGCGCGUAGGUCGGGGAUGCAGAUCGAAAGGGUAAGGAAAGUUAGAGAUGGUAAGAUAGUGAUCUGCUGCGGUAAUAAGGAAGACUUAAAGAAAACCGAGGACCAGCUGAAGAACACCGACGGCCUCAAGUUCGAGCCUGCGGCGAGCCGGGACCCGAGAGUGGUGAUAAGGAACGUGUUCAGCUACAACUCUGAAAAGGACAUUGUGGAGUCCCUCAAGGUCCAAAAUAAGAGAUUGUGGCUGGACAUGGAUCCGAGCCACUUUAGGGUCAAAGAGGCUUACCGCAAGAAAGCGCGAAAUCCGCAUCAGGCCCAUGUAAUCCUACAGGUCUCCCCUCAGGUAUGGCGCAGGCUGACUGAGGCGGAGAGGAUAUACAUUGACAUCCAGGGCCUGACCGCCGAGGACCAGUCGCCACUGGUGCAGUGUACUCGCUGUCUGGGGUACGGCCACGGUCGCAAGUUCUGUAGGGAGAAGGUGGACCUCUGCGGCCAUUGCGGGGGGGAGCACGACCGUGCGGAGUGUCCUUCCCGCGCGCGUCGCUCGCGUGCACGUCGGGCCAUCUCCGACACUUCGUCGGCCGCGACGGCUUUGCGCUGCUCCCUCCUGGUGGCAUUGAGCUCCGCCUUGGAGCUCCCAAGCGAGGCACAGCUCUCGCCACCAGGGUCCUCUGUGGUGACCCCCAUGUCACUUUCUGCUUCGCUGGCCGCCGGGGUAUUGGAGCGCAAAAACCUCCCUUGCGCAUCCCUCCGCGGCCGCGAAGCAGUCACCCCCUUUGAAGCCUGCCGACCUCUCCUCGCGGUCGGCAGCUUCGGAGCCAGCAGGCAUUCCUCAUCUGAGGACAGACCCACUGACCCAUCUCCCACCAGAGCAGGGUCGUGUGGACGCUUCCUAACGGACGACGAUCCACGCGACCCUCGAACAUCCACGAGAUUUACUCUCACGUCCAAUAAGUGGCUACCAGUAGCAUUAUCAGCAACAGGGGCCUGGUCGCCUACCCCUGCGCGUCCAUCGGUAGCUAAUUUACCACUCGCAGGCCCGGGUACCUGCGAGCGCCGGGCGUCAGCCGGGUCGCAUGACAAAACACACUCGUUAUUGUCCGACAUUUCAUUAAAGGAAUUGGGGGGGUACGCACAUCGCUUCCCCAAGGCGAUGCGGCCGCUCUUUUUGGGAGGGUAUUUGGUCCUCCCGAGGCCCGCGGACGCCUCCGGUGCAGGAUAUACCGCCCGCUGUUCGGUAUUUACAGACUAA